GUCAAACAAAAAAUAAAUAAGAAAAUUGUGAAGCGUACUUUACGUGCUUAUCAAUAAUUUGUAUUUAAUUUAAAAGUAUUACUUUUUAAUAACUUAAUUUACUAUGAAUUUCUCAGAAUUAUGUCGUAUUUGUCUGAAAUCCAACAAGCAGUUAUUAUUGGACAUGUUCACUAGUUAUGAUGUAAAGAAGAAGACUUCUCUUUCAGAAAUGUUAUCCAUUUGUACUAAAAUAAAACCAAAUCAAGAGGAUGGCUUGCCCAGGCAAAUCUGCAAAUUCUGUAGUAGACAAUUAAAGAAAAGCUACAUAUUUUACCAACAAUGUGAAGCGAGCGAUAAGCAGCUAAAAUGUCAUUUAGAUAAUUUACAAGAAAACCAAAACACUGAUACUAAUAUAAAGGUUGAAAAUGGUGUGAUUGACUUAGAACAUAAUGUUUCUGAAACCAUAAACAGUAAUGAAGAUAUAACUACAUCAGACAGUGGUGUAAAAGAUGAAGUUAAUGAGGAAAAAGUUAAAAUUGAAUUAAAUCACAAUGAAAAUGAGGAUGACAGCUAUUGGGAUGCUGAUGAUGAUAACAUAGCACUUGAAAAUAUCAAGGUCACAAUUGGAGAAUCAUGCAGUGAAAUAGAAAAUCAAAAAAGGAAAAGGGGUAGAAAAAGGAAAGUAUUGACAAUAGAUAAUGACCCUGACAACUAUUCUGCGAGACCUAGCAAGAAACCGCAUCAAUGCGAUGUUUGUGGCAAACUCCUCAGUACCAAAAGUAAUUUGAAGGCCCACAAAGUUUGCCACACGGACCAGAGGCCGUACCAAUGUGCAGACUGUCCGGCUACGUUUAGGGGUCACAGUGCGUUGUUCCAGCACAAGAAAGUGCACACGGGAGAGACGCCUUAUCAUUGCGAGUACUGCCCGAAACAGUUCUCGAGGCGGACGGGCCUCGUCAACCAUAUACGGAUUCAUACAGGUGAAAAGCUGUAUAGCUGUGACGUGUGCUCCAAAAACUUCGUUCAGGGCGCUCAGCUGUCUAUACACAUGAAGCGACAUAAAGGAGAUAAGCCGUAUCUAUGUCAAGACUGUGGCAAAGGGUUCCCAAUAAAAGCGGACCUGAAGGUGCACCAGCGCAUCCACAACGGCGAGAAGCCGUACUCGUGCCACCUGUGCACGAAGACCUUCGCCACCUCCGGCAACCUCUCCAUUCACGUCAGGAUACACACGAGAGAAGUCAGGUACAACUGCCCGGAAUGUCACAAGGGUUUCGUAACAUGCAGUGCUUUCAACGUUCAUCUCAAAAGGCACAAAGGCCAAAGGGACUAUCAAUGCGAAUGCGGCAAGACUUUCUACACGUCAUCAGCUCUGAAACAACACAAGGUCGUCCACACCGGAGAGAAGAAAUAUCAGUGCAAAAUAUGUGAAAGGAAAUUCUCACAAACAAGCCAUUUGAGUCGACAUUUCAAGAGGGAUCAUAUGAAGCCGAAUGUGCCCGUGCCUUCAUCGGAGUAUUUCAAGCAUGUGAUAAGAGAAGGAGAGAAUAACGUGUUCAAUUUCUUCUCACAGAGCGCGUCGGAUGUGAAAUGCGAGAAUUCAUAGUGUUUUUUUUGUGAAAGGUUUUGUACAUACAUACAUAAAAUCACGCCUCUUUCCCGGAGGGGUAGGCAGAGACUACCUCUUUCCACUUGCCACGAUCUCUGCAUAUUUCCUUCGCUUCCAUCAUCCACAUUCAUAACUCUCUUCAUACAAGCUCGGCGGUUUCGGGUACUUUUGACCUGACCCUUUACCAGGACGUCCUUAAUUUGAUCAAGAUACGUUCGUCUAGGUCUUCCCACUCCGACCUUCCCCUCCACACUCUCCUUGUAUAUCUGCUUAGUCAACCUGUUUUCAUUCAUCCUCUCCACAUGACCGAACCAUCUCAACAUACCCUUUUCUAUUCCUGUAACUACAUCUUUCACAUCACAACAUUCCCUUAUCACGCUGUUCCUUAUCCAGUCACUCAAUUUCACACCCAACAUACUCCUUAACGCUCUCAUUUCCACUGCAUUUAUUCUGCUUUCGUGCUUCUUUUGCCAUACCCAACUUUCACUCCCAUACAUUAAUGUCGGGACCAACACGCCCCUGUGCACAGCCAGUCGAGCCUUUUUGGAUAGUUUCUGACUGCUCAUAAAGGCAUGCAAAGCUCCAUUCACCAUGUUCCCCGCGUUCACUCUCCUUUCAAUAUCACUAUCACACUUGCCAUCUGAUGUAAACUUUGAUCCUAGAUAUACAAACUCUUUCACUUGCUCAACUUUUUCUCCUCCAAUCAAAAUAUUACAUGCUGUCAUUUCUUUCUCCAUUUCAAAAACCAGUGUUUUAGUUUUGCUUACGUUCACUUUCAUUCCUUUCUCUUUUAAAGCUUCAUGCAUACAGUUUACCAUUUCCAGUAACUCCUCCGCUGAUGACGCCAGUACAACCUGAUCGUCGGCAUAGAGCAGACAUUUGACGAGUAACUCAUUCAUCCUUAAUCGUCGUCGUUCGUCGUCUACUUUCAGACUCUUUCAAAUCUGUCAAACAACUAUCCAUAAAUAGGUUGAACAGCCACGGUGACGCAACACAUCCUUGCCUAACGCCUUUUUCAAUCUUAAACCACUCAGUGUGCGCUCCGUUUAUCCUGACACAAGCACUCGAAUCCUCAUAUAAGGAUUUCAGUGCUCGUAUUAAGAGACUGCUCACCCCAUGCAUAGAAAGUGCUGACCACAAUUCAUUCCUCUCAACUCUGUCAUAGGCCUUUUCCACGAAUGUGCAAUAGACUUUUUGACUCUUGGCCAAAAACUUUUCGGCUAUGCACCGCAAGGAAAAGACCUGAUCAGUUCGAAAUCCCGCUUGAGCAUCCCAUAUUUUGUCAUCAGUUUCAUUCCUGACUCUAUUAAUCAAUACCUUAGCAUACAAUUUGCCGACGACGCUAAGCAGGCUUAUACCACGAUAAUUUUUGCAGUCCAGUUGUGACCCUUUUCCUUUGUAAAGUGGCACGAUAACAGCCUUACACCAAUCUUUUGGUACUCGGCCGCUUCUCCAACAUAAAUUGAAAAGGCAGUACAACUGUCUAGCUACGACGCCUUUUCCUGCUUUUAGCAUCUCGACCGACACUCUAUCAUACCCAGCAGCCUUACCCGCUUUCAUACUCUUAAGUGCUUCCACAAUUUCGAACAUUUCAAUUUUGCCUUCCAUCUCAUUCUCUUUUUAUUCAAAAAGGAAAGGUUUUGUGAUUUUUAUUAUUGUGUGAUUAGAAUAUGUUUGCGACUUUGCCCGCGUUUAUUGAAAUAUCUCAUUAAUUUAUGUUACAUACUGUGGGAAUUUAAGGAUUUAUCUCUUGGGAUGUGUCAGUUCAAAUGGAUCAAUAUUAAUUUUAUUAAUACUCCUAAAAUAUAAUACGUUUUAUUUUAUUUAUUUAAUCUAAGUAUUUAUUUGAUCAUCGCAUCUUAGAAUUAAUAACUAGAUAUUUAUUUUUAAUAUAAAUGAGACAAAUGUGAAAAAAAUUAUCGCGAAUUUGACAAACCUCUAAAACUAGAAUUUGAGGAUUCAUUUUAAUACUCAUAAAUUCAAUCAACACAUUUACUUGUAAGUU